UGCACCGUAGAGGCAAUGAUGUCAUUGUAAAAAACGAAGGAAACUCUGCAAUCAGAGGGAGCAGAUACCGAGGCUGAGGGAAGGACCAAAUUUGAGCUCCCGUUUGCACGAGCCCUCAGGACAAACUGGAUGCGCGUGCAGUAACACAUUGUCCGGGGUGAAGCCCCUGUAUUCGAUAAUUGUGACCAUGGAGGAUUACGAUUACCUCUUCAAAAUAGUGCUGAUAGGAAAUGCAGGAGUGGGCAAAACCUGCCUCGUCCGGCGCUUCACUCAGGGUCUGUUCCCACCUGGUCAAGGUGCCACUAUCGGGGUUGAUUUCAUGAUUAAAACUGUGGAAAUAAAAGGGGUGAAAGUAAAGCUCCAGAUCUGGGACACAGCAGGACAGGAGAGAUUUCGCUCCAUCACACAGAGUUACUACCGUAGUGCCAAUGCACUCAUCCUCACCUAUGACAUCACCUGUGAGGACUCGUUCCGCUGCCUCCCGGAGUGGCUGCGGGAGAUCGAGCAGUAUGCCAACAAUCAAGUGGUGACCAUCUUAGUAGGAAAUAAGAUUGAUCUGGCUGAAAAGCGGGAGGUCCACAGACAGAGAGCGGAGGAAUUUGCUGAGGCCCAGAGCAUGCUCUACUUGGAGACGUCCGCCAAAGAAUCUGACAAUGUGGAAAAACUCUUCCUGGAUUUGGCCUGCGUACUGAUCCGCGAAGCCAAGCAAAACACGUUGGACAACAACGAUUCUGCGCCUAUGCCUGGGGAAGGCAAGAACAUCAAUUACCUAAGCUGCUGCAACAUUAACUAGGGAUCUUGGCUGCUAAUCUGGCAAUGGGUACUUUCCUGCCCAAUGGAGUGCAAAAACUGUGCUUAAUGUUGACAUCCCCUGAUUAGAUUCCUCUCUGCCACCACUAUUGAGGUCUUGGAUGCUUUUUAACGCAUAAGUGAAACUUUUUAAAAGCUACUGACUGUACCACUAGAAAAUCAAGAGGAGACGUGUGCUGCUGCCACUGAGGAGAACCCAAGCUCCAGGGUACCAGCUACCUGGUAUAUUUAAAGGCCAGACAAUGAUUUUUCUACAUUUCAGUACAACAUUUAAAGAUGCAUAGGCCAAUUUGCCUACUAUAUGAAUGAUAUGAGCAAAAACACACAUCUUCACCAGCAGCAAUCUUGCUGUUUAAAUUGUAGAAAAUGUGCAUUGCACGUAAUAACAGAUAUGAAAAAGUGCAUUGUAGAGCAUUGUUAUGUCCCGGAUUCAUGUUCAAAACGCACUUCUACAAAGUUGCUGAUAAGAAUUUAAAUGUAGGAAGACUAUUGUGUGGCGGAAAAUUUUAGAAAGUCUUAGAGAGUCUUAAACAAUAGUGGGAGAGAAGUUUAUUAUAGAUUAUGCGAUGUUUUUCCUAAGGGAAUUCCCUAAUUAUUCGCUUAGAAACAUAAUCUCCUUUGUGCGUUUUUCAGCUUGUUUUGACUUUGCGUGCAUUCUAUAAAGACAUCUGCACAGCUUAAAAUGCAUCUCCAAUACAUUUUAGCAGACAUCAGGUAACUUCUACAGGCACGUGUGAGCAAGACAUUGUUUAACUCUGUACAUUUUACAUUCACAACUCUGCACAUUUCAGCUUUAGGUUUCUUUUUUUUGUAAUUCAAUGUAUAUUACAAAUAUAAUGCACUUAAAAACUGUAAACACUGAAUGAGGACAUAUACCUCAUCAUUAAACACCCCCCCCAACACAUUGCAGUCCAUAUAUACACCGAUCAGGCAUAAGAUUAUGACCACCUGCCUAAUAUUGUGUUGGUCCCCCUUUUUUCUGCUAAAACAACCCUGACCCGUCAAGGCAUGGACUCCACUAGAUCCCUGAAGAUGUGCUGUGAUAUCUGGCAUUAAGAUGUAAGCCCAUGGAGGCUCCACCUCACAACUUACAUGACUUAGAGGAUAUUUUUGAUAGAUACUGACCACUGCAGACCGGGAACACCCCAGAAGAGCUGCAGUUUUGUAGAUGCUCUGAUCCAGUCGUCUAACCAUCACAAUUUGGUCCUUGUCGAACUCGCUCAAAUCCUUACGCUUGCCCAUUUUUCCUGCUUCUAGCACUUUGAAUACAAAAUGUUCACUUGCUGCCUAAUAUAUCCCGCCCACUAACAGGUACCAUGAUGAGGAGAUCAUCAGUGUUGUUCACUUCACCUGAGGUCAUAAUGUUAUGCCUGAUCGGUGUAAUUACCUUAUUAAACUGUUGAGCCCUAUACUGCAGUACUUUGGAUGUGAAAUGAAACAAUAAUGUUAAUAACAUGUUCCUAUUCCUUGGCAUUACUUCCCCAAGGGGGGCAAAAAUAACUGAACAGUCAGCUCAGUUGGUAUUUGGUAAGCUGCGUGCUGCUGUAUUGUUAGGUUUAUAAACAAGAAUAAUAUUUCUGGUUUGUUAAGAAGAGUCUAGAUCUAUCUGGUUAGAAAGCAAGGUGGGUGGGAUGGAUUAAAAAUGCUAGGCAUCAUGUAUGAAACAUGGUGUUGGUGGUAGUGUCAUGGCUGUUAGUGGUGGAACCGUCCUGUUUAUCUGCAUUAAAUGCUGUUUUAACAGCAUUUGCCUACUCAGAUCCCAACAAAUUACAGAAUGCUGUUCCUCUUCCAGUUCCUAAUGUACUGUUAAUGCAAAUAUGAACCGUUUCAGGCCCAGAAAGUGAAAUGUCAAUUAAUAACCCAGCUUUAAACUAUAUUUAUUUUACAGAACAUCCUAUUCACAAGCAGGAAGUGAAAAUGGCUGUAAUGCAGACCUAGCAGAGCAUUAGUAGGAAACAACUAGACGUUGUUUAUAUUUUCUGCUGAUGCUUUGUCUGCUUUUCUUCUUCAUUGUACUUCAGUCAGUCAUUGCCUGGAGGAUUUCCAAGUGACAGUUCUAUUCAUCAUGGUAAUUUCCCCAACUUAUUGUGGUACUUUGUUUGGAGAGACUAAGUAUUGUAAGAUCCAUAAUGACAAAGUCAUUUGUUCAGCUUCUAUCACAGUGAUCUGCCCAUAAUUACACAGUGUUUUGUUUAAUACACAAUCUUCAAUGUUAUGUAAUGUCCAAGAAACAAGUUGGUCCUGACUGGAAACAGCUGAUCUCUCGCUCUCAUCUCCUAUUUCAUGUCCUGAUAGCAAAAGCAAGAAAAAAAUACAUUGACUCUUACAUUCUGACCAAUAUAAUGAUUAUAAAUUUGUCUAUUGUUCACCUACAUUAAAUGUGGACACACAGCAGAUCAAAUAGUUAUUAGAAAAAUUAAGUUCAUUAAUGCAUUAAUAUGUACUUUUGGGGUUUUUUUUUCUGUAGAUGCGCUUCUUUUCAGAGUUGUAAUGUUAAAAAUAAUGAUCACCUUUUAACCAAUCAGCUUAGAGAAUUGAGCAAACCUCUUGGUCUAAACUGCAAUAUUGUGAAGAUCGUAGUAAUUGUUUCAUUCAUUUCAAAUCCAAUUUGCUGGACUGCAAUGACACUAUACAGAUCAUUUUGGCCGGUGUCUGUAACAGAAGAAAAACUGUACUAUAUUAUAAUGGUAUGCACAAGUUUCUCGCUACAAUACUUUUAUUAAUAACACAUUAGCAUUUUUGUCUUGUGGAACCUCCUCGGUAUGUCCUCGUACUUAUUUCCGACAUAUAAACAUACAGCAGUUAUACACAUGUAUACGUUACUAUAUACUCGAAUGGGAAACUUUUUGUUUAUUCAGUGAAGCUUUGGUGCUGUAACCUACUCAGUAAUGUUUUGAAGCUUUUGACAUGGGAGCGUGUGUUACAUUUAGUUAUUUUCAGCACAUGUAUUAGAAGUGUCUGCACAAUCAGUCUUGAUAUUUCACCACAUGAUACUGCAGGAUUAAGGAGAUUUUUAUGUCCACAAUAAUAUGUGAUCUGUGUUAUACAGUGUGACUUGUUCCCAGUGUUUUCUUUUUUCUUUUCUUUUCUUUUCUUUUUUUUUUUUUUUAAGUGUUUGUGCAUCUUUACUUGAGUUUGAAGCCGUUAAGAAGUGUACCUCCAUGUUGUUGUCGUCCUGACGUCUUGAUGUUUUUUGUUAUCAUCUUUAUUAUAACUGUGAAUCUUAUAUUUUACAGAAUUUCAGUGUUUUACCUGGCUGCUAAAAACAUGUUCAUUUUACUGCCUUCAAUUUGAUCCAUUUUAGUGAAAUGCUUAGGAGUUUCUUUUUCUCUCUCUCUCUCUCUCUCUCUCUCUCUCACACACACACACACACUCCUUCCUUCCUUCCUUCCUUCCUUAAAGAAAGCCUUUAUACUUUUGUCCUGUGUUACUGAUUGAUACAUUUUGUUUAUUAAGUCCACACUAUCUCCCAAAUCCACAAAUGACAUGUGAUCCGCUUAAAGGAUCUUUUUAUAUGUGAUCUAAUGAUCAUGUUUAUUUCCAUGUCAGCAUCUUAGCUCUUAGUUUUGUGUUUAUAUUAGUUUAGCCUAUAUCCAUUCCCUUUUAGCUGUUUACCUCUUCUUGCUAUAUUUUCUAUUAAGACACUUUUAAAAUGCUAACCUUUUCUAAUUUUGUAUAUACACUAUUUUUUAAGUUUUUUUUUUUUUUUUUGUUCUUUUUCGUUGUGUCAUGUACAUUAUACUUUUUGUCCAGCUUUAUUUGACAGAAAAGUGCCAUGUUGUAAUAUUUUGCAUUGUGUAUGACUGGGACUCUGUUUAAGCACUAAGCUCCAUUAUUAGUAUUAUUAGUAUUUUACAGUUUUCUUAUUCUAAUGAUCAUCUUUUUAUGGGAUAUUUCAUUGCUUAAAAUAUACAUAAUGGUAGUAUUCUUCGAGAGGAUCGUCACAAUGUUGAGUCGUUCAUGUUUAGUGAUUAAUAAGUAAGAAAGAUAGAAAACCUGUUGUCAUUUAUUAAUUAUAGAAAAAGACCCGAAUCUUCUUCAGUUGAGUUAAAUUUAUGUUUAAGAUAUUUAGCUUUGUACAAUUUUGGUAACACAUCUUUUUGUUACUUCUCACACUGCAGGUAAAUAUAAAAACUUUCCCUGAUUAAAUAUAAAGUUGUGACAUUA